AAUGUUCAGCUAUGACCGGAAAUCGAUUCUUGGAGAUGCUGCACUGCAGCAUUGUGGUAUGGCCGUUGAAUCGCGUGAGAGGAACUUCACGACUUCCACGGUCAGUUGUACAACGAAGUGUAUGGAGCCGUACUCGAGAGGAACGUUACCACCGCCUGCAGCGGGAGCUGCGGCACUUGGGUGAAGUGGCCGAGCUGGAAGAUUUGAAAACGCAGGUGCCCAAAGCUUGGCAUGUGGUUGAGAACUUCUUGGAUCCCUGUGAUGCUGAGGAGCGUGGCAGUGCAAUGCUGCCUGGACGUGCUCGAAGUGUGGCCGGGAGCGUCGUGGAGGAAUUGCAGCGGGGCCGCCAAGCAUCACAGGAAGGCCUACGAAACGUCGAUCGCACCGAAGAAGAACUGCAGGAACUGCAGUCGGUUCACGAAGGAAGUGACCCGGUGCAGGACCCGGUGCAGCGUGUGCCACUGACCGUCUUGUUGGAUGGCCUUUGUCCACACGAAGUUGGCUGCUUGAUGCGGACUUGCGAAGCUGCAGGCGGCCAAAAAUGA